UCACUGUCCGCUUGUUACUCAAGAUUCAUCGCAUUUUAUUGCAAAAACGAGAGAUAAACACCAAUUUCCUAGCUUUGCAUAUAGUUACAAAUACAUACGACGUGAUACUAAGUUACAAACAUGAACACAAUAAAAGAAGAAACCUCUAAUCCUUCGUUAAAGCUGUUAAGCUGCCGUGCUUGCCUAGCUACUGAUAUUAAAUUGUUUAAUAUAUACGAGAAUAAACUCGCAGAAGCUUUUGCUCAUACCACAGGGAGUCCCGUGCUGUUAUCAGAUGGGUUACCACAGCUCCUGUGCUGCUACUGCCGCAGUGCUCUGCUCAAAUGCAAAGCGUUCAGGGCCCGGAGCCUCCGCGCACAGCAGUGCCUCAGGGCAAUUCCUUUACAAAUUGAGCUAACCACUGACUAUAUCAGAACCAUAGACCGCCACUCACACCAGCUCAUCUACCUAACACAAACAAGAGUCGAAACCACAGACUAUAGAGACAUCCUUGAAGUGGACGUAAAAAAAGAAGAGUCAGACAUAGACAGUUUCAUCCCAGAGUCUGAUGAUUUGAAAAUAGAAUAUGAAAUCAAAGACAAAAUAGAUGAAGGCAUUGAUAACGAUAGAGAUUUCAGUGAUGAUAAUACAGAACAGAUAUUUGUUGCCACAAAUCCGGUGCGAGAAGUAAAAGUUAGAAAGGGAAGGAAGAAAAAAACAAGAACAGAAGAGAAGAGAGUUAAGAAAAAAAUAAAGAAAAGGACGUCAGAUAAUGACUAUUUGCCGGAUUUCGAUUUCGCCAAGUUUGAAAGUAGUUAUAGUGUUGAAAUUAUUGCUUUGACAAAGGAACAACAACUAGAAGAGAUUAGAGCGCGCAAGCAGAGCGCCAACUACCAGUACGCGGCGUACAAGUGUGAGGAGUGCGGGAAGGGGUUCAUGGCGAACGACGCUUACAACAACCACAAGAUACGACACAGCCCGAGCAUGGGUGCGCACGCGUGCGAGAUCUGUCUGGUGCGGUUCAAGCGCCAGUCCCGGCGGCAGGAGCACCAGGAUCUGCAUCGACUCAAAUUUCUGUGUAAAGAGUGCAGCUUCGUGUCUAGAAACAGGUAUCAAGCGAAGAAGCAUUUCGAGUGGCACUCUGGCAAGAUUCACGUCUGCAAACAUUGCGGGGCCAGCUUUACGAAGAGUUCAACGUACUUGUCGCACGUGCGUCUCCAGCACCCUGCGAUGAAUGUGGCAUGCGACGUGUGCGGCGAAACAUUCGUGGGACGACUGGGUUUAUUACAGCACAAGUCACGAGCGCAUCAGGUAACAGUGGUAAAGCCGGAGUCCCGCUGCGCGGGGUGCGGCGCGCAGUUCCACAGCGCGGAGGCGUUGACGCGACACGCCCCCUGCGCCUGCGACCCACAUGCCAGGUACAUAUAUAUCAGGUAACAGUGGUAAAGCCGG